AUUUUUCCCCCACUCUACGUCUGCUUUAUCAAGAACAGAAUGAACGUUGUUGUACGCAGGUCUGGAUGCGUGCAGGGUAGUUUAACCUUAUAAAAAAGUAGGGCGGGGAAUGUGAAAGAAGGCGACACAGUCCCAGAUAUCUAUCAAUAGCCAGUGUCACUCUGUGAUAAAACAGUAUGAUUGAAAGAUAGGCUACGUGGUCACCUUUUUAAAAAAGCCUUGUCAUUCUCACUGACCAGUUUCUCAACUCGCAGUUAUAAUAGUUUGGGCGUUAGAUUGUGGAAGGUAUAUGCGUCGUGUGCCGUAGCAGGGUACAGUGAGGUUGCUACAAUACAAUUAGCGCUGAGUGGAGACUUGGACUUCUUCAACCAACAAUAUUAUAAAACCCGGAAUAACCGCUUAUCGGACUUCUUGCCAAGCUGCGUUCAGGUUUCAGAAGCAAGGACUAAGAUAGUCUUCCACAGUGUUCCACCUUCAUCAACCAUGCCUGUUACAGCAAAAACGAUCUUGGUGACCGGAGCGUCAAGAGGAUUGGGUCUGGAAUUUGUGAGACAAAUUCUACAAUUACCUUCAGCACCUGAAGUACUCAUUGCUGCCUGUCGUAAUCCAAGUUCUGCAAACGAUCUGCAGACUCUGGCGAAAGCAAAUCCGUCCUUGAAAGUGAUCAAAUUAGAUGUGGAAAAAGACGAAGACAUAAUUUCUGCCGCUCAGGAAACAAAGAACAUUGUUGGAGAUCGAGGACUGAACCUUUUGAUCAACAACGCUGGCAUCUUGGUGAAAACUGAUAACCCUGGGCUCAGAACCCAGUCCCGGGAGAAUAUGCAGCGACAUUUCGAUAUCAAUUGUUCGGGCCCCAUCAUCGUGGCACAGAAGUUCCUGCCUCUCCUAGAGCAAGCAGCAGCUCAGAACAAGUCUCAGCCCAUGAGUAGUAACAAAGCCGCCCUCAUCAAUAUUUCUUCCAUAGGUGCAUCUCAAAAUGAGACGUAUCAGAAUGGAAGAGGAUUUUCCUUACAUUACAAAUGCUCCAAAUCUGCUGUGACUAUGGCUACUAUUUUGAUCUCUCGAGAGUUAAGAGCAGCUGGUAUCAUGGCCUUGUCACUUCAUCCAGGCUGGGUACAGACAGACAUGGGGACAGAAAAAGCCGAUCUUUCUCCAGAGAAGAGCAUUUCUAGCUGCCUUCAAGUGAUUGGAUCGAAAGGUGAAGAGAGCACUGGGAAGCUAUUCAAUUACAAUGGAGAUGUGAUUCCUUUCUAAAGAGCAGUCCAUUGUCCUUUGUUUCUAUGUGUGUUGGUUUUUCUUAGGUCUUAAAAAAAAGUUAAUUGGUAAUGCCUAAUGAUUGAAGUUAAAUAGGUCAGUUCACCGUUACGUUUAUGACUUAGAAAUAGUACAAAUUUUUGUUUCAUAGACCAAGCUUGGCCACUGUCCGGUAAAGGUAGAUAUUUCUUAUUUUUAAAAAAGUAUCGUAUAUUAUACAUGCACAUACAUAUUGAAAUCCUCGGGCCCUAACUUCAAGUUUGUUGAAAUCGAGUGUUUAUUUUAAUUAAAAGGGUGUGACAAAAGUGAUAAAUAUUUUAAUCAGUAAAGACGGGGACAUCAGUUCUGAAUGUGUCACGGUGCUAGUAUAUAGGGGAAGAAUCAAUGUCUUCGCUUAUGACCGGUUGUUUCGCUUGAAACAGCCCCUGAACAAUAGGAUCAGGCUUGGUUACUUACAAUAACCAUUUUCUUCUCUCUGCUG